CUGUCUCUCAGGGCACUAGCCCAACCUCUCACUGGGAAAACAAGUGGUGGUGCCACAGCUUCCAGUGAGUUCCAGGCUGCUUUUCCAGAGACAGGCCCAUGGAUGCAGCCCGGGUUGCCGUGGUGGGGGCAGGUGUGAUGGGACUGUCCACCGCUCUGUGCAUAUCCACACUGGCCCCUCGGUGCUCCGUCACGGUCAUUGCAGACAAGUUCUCGCCUGACACCACGAGUGACGUGGCAGCCGGAAUACUUAUUCCCCACGAGUAUCCAGACACACCCGUUCACAAGCAGAAGCAGUGGUUUAGAGAGACCUUUGACCACUUAUUUGCAGUCGCCAAUUCUGCAGAAGCUGGAGAAGCUGGCAUUCAUCUCGUGUCUGGCUGGCAGAUAUUUCGGAGCAUUCCUACUGAGGAAGCACCGUUCUGGGCGGACGUGGUUCUGGGGUUUCGGAAGAUGACUGAGGCUGAGCUGAGGAAGUUUCCCGAACAUGCGUUCGGUCAGGCGUUCACCACCCUGAAAUGUGAAGGUUCCGCCUACCUCCCGUGGCUGCAGAAAAGGGUAAGAGAAAGUGGGGGCCUGAUGGUCACCCGGCGAAUAGAAGACCUGUGGGAGCUUCGCCCGUCCUUCGACGUUGUGGUCAACUGUUCAGGCCUCGGAAGCAGACAGCUUGCAGGAGACUCGGAGAUCUUCCCUGUGAGGGGCCAAGUGCUCAAAGUUCAGGCUCCCUGGGUGAAGCAUUUCAUCCGAGACGGGAGUGGGCUGACCUAUGUUUACCCCGGCACAUUCAACGUAACCCUGGGUGGAUGUAGGCAGAAGGGAGACUGGAAUCUGACCCCAGAUGCAGAAAUGAGCAGAGAUAUUCUUUCCCGAUGCUGUGCUCUGGAGCCCUCCCUCCAGGGAGCCUGGGACAUACAGGAGAAGGUGGGCCUGCGGCCCUCCAGGGCAGGCGUUCGGCUGCAGACAGAGCUUCUAGCCCGGGAUGGCCGGAGGCUGCCUGUGGUCCACCACUACGGCCACGGGGGUGGGGGCUUCUGCAUGCACUGGGGCACUGCUCUGGAGGCCGCCAGGCUGCUGAGUGAGUGUGUGCAAACCCUCAGGACCCCCGCUUCCAAGUCAAAGCUGUAAGAGACGUGAAAUGACAGCAAAUGGCCCAGGAGACUAUUGAUCAAAAUAUAAUUUCCUUUCAAAAUUAGAAAUGAUACAAUCUGUAUGAGUAAAUUUAGGACUAGUACUGAUCUAGCCCAGUACUAAUCUGGUACUAGACUUACAUCUAGUACUAAUCGCAUAGGACAUAAAGCUCUAUUUUUGUUAAAAAUAGAGAUUAUGAUUAAAAAAGAUUACUUUUAGAUCUGGUGUCCAAGGACCUGUGCUAAUUUACACGGAUGCUGGAAGCUGUUGGGAUUUUGACAGUUUUGCUCAUAAAUCCACAGGAGGAGAUAACGUACGGAAAUCACUGAAUUCACUAUCAGUCACUGAGCUGCCCGUGAUGCUCACAGGUUGUGCUGAAUGAACAUUGUGAUCCCUGUAAAUACAAGUACACGGUGGUCACGCAGUGCAAGUUUGUUACAUUUAAUGGAAGACAAAGCACAGCUCCUGACAGAGGAAUUCCCGGUGUUCCUGGUAGAAGACACAGAUGAAGUUACCUGCGGACUUGGCAUCAAUUCAGUAGCUACCUGCGGUCAGCUCUCCGAGGGUCACACACGGGCUUGUUGUUUGGCUGACUGCGCCUGGGCGGUGUUGAAGAUUGAAGAGCACGUGCAGCCAAAGAGCUAAUUUGCUAAUUAAGCUGGAACAAUCAUUCUGAAUGAAAUAUAACCUGAGUUUUCUGCAAGUCAUUAAAAAGUACUGUGGAGGAAGGAAAUGCAUCUCGUGAUAAAAUGAGUCUGGGAAUUGCUGAAUCAGAUAUAUCUAACCGGUUUCUUGACUUAGGCCUACCACCCCGAGCUUUUAUCCGUUCCUGUGCAUCGUGAAGCCUCAGGAGGGUAUGGACUCCCACAGGGGAGUGGUACAGGAGGUGCUAUUUACUGAGAUGAAGACGCUUUAGAGAAACAGAGGUACUUUAAAUUUAAUUUUAAUUUUGGGGGAAAUGGUGUACAUUUAGAGAUGGUUUUAUUUUGGAUAUUCUGAGUGACAAUGUUGGAGAGAGAAAGCUCCUAGGACAACUUUAUUUUUAUUGUUUUGUUCAUUGAGUUUUGCAUCUAAUUUUGUUUGGAGAGAAAAUCCUGCUGGGAGAGAAUAAAAGGUGGA